AUGGUGGCGGGAGAUGGAAUUAAGCAUGCGAUCAAGCUCUGCCUUGAAGACAGGGAAAACUUUGAGCGGUUGAUGCAACUUGGAUCACUGCGUCUACAAAGUGAAGAGACUUACACAGAUUACUUCUUUGACUUCCCUUCGCGACUCUUGAGCCGUGGCAAUGGUGUGCUGCGGCUUCGUGUACCGGAUGCUGCGGGGGAUACGGCGACGCAGACUCUCCCUUCUUUGGUGUUGAAGAAGAGUAAUAUCGUGGACCGCGGGGAUCAGAUGUGUACCACCUAUCAAGUACCCAAACUACCUGAGGAGGUAAGGGACGAGCUUUGCAAAAGCAAAGACAUCAUGGGGGUGCUGAGGCGACUUUCCCCCCGUCUGAAAGAGGAUGCAAUUGCCCAUAUCAGCCGCAUCAUAGAACUAUUGGAAGAUUUGGAAAAGGCCUCCGGUGCUGCAGAACCCAUGAAAAUGAUGGGCUCGUUGAGGUCGCACCGCCGGGUAUACAAUUACGUAUCGGAGGAUAGUUCUGAGAAUGUGGUGGGAACCGAUGAAUAUUUUGCGGGAACUGGGAGUCUUUUGCAGGGCGCAAGCAUUCGUCUAGAUGAGACGGACUUCCCCUUUGGAAAGAAAUACGAACUUGAGGUGACAGAAUUUGAAGAUCCAUCUGGAGACGUUGGUAAGGACUUGGACGGAUUUCUGCGUUUGCACCAGAUUGAGUACAGUAAGAGUUUAGAGAGCAAAUCCUCACGAUUUAUGAAGUACUUGGAAGGGUUUCAUACAUGCUCCGUGGAUAUUGCGUGGGUGCAGCUCAGUAUUGCCAGCGAUAAAGGCUACGAGGAGGUUUGCAAUUGGUUAGAAAAUGAUUGUCAAACCGCCGCUUUAAUUCCAAUUUCUGCGGCACUGUCGCAGGGAUCUGGAUACCCGAUGUCGCAGACAAGCGCGAUCAGUGACUACUUUCCUAACCAUGGGGAAUUUCCCAUCUCGUAUAACAGGCAGGAGAUGGUUUCUCAGUCACUCCAUUUACGGUCACAUCACACCACGGGUGAAGAUGCGAGUCCUAACAGCGGUGACGACAAACUGCAGGAGUCGAAUGACUAUGAAGAGUAUCAGGAGAACUACUACUUUGACGAUGCAUUGAAUGGUGUUUUGAGCAAGCGUCAGUGUAUGAUGGAAUUGCGUUACACUUCCCAGGGCCACAAGUUUAUUCUCUCGUUGAAGGAGGGCCAAACCGUAGAGAACGGGUCCCAAAACGCCACCACGCUUCGCGGAGAAAUCACGGGUGACAUGGCUCGACUUCUGUUACGGUCUCCAACAGAGUUUCUGCAAAAGAUGCGAGAGCAGAACUCCGUCGCCAGUGCUCUGUGGGAUGAUUGUAGUAUUCGCGAGUUGUCUGUAGUCGCUUUCUACCGAACCAAGCGCCGUGUCUUCACGCGUCCCAUCGCGGAGGUCCCUCCGUCAUGGUCCUUGCAAGAGAAGCGGAUGAGACAGACGUCAGACGAUGACGAUGUCGACGCUGAACAGCAGCAGUGGCACACAAACACUGCUCUACCGUCGUUAAAGAUUCACGUGGAUAAUACACUUGUUGAUUUUACUACGCCGCCCCAGAAUUAUGCAGCUAUCGCAGCUGCGAAACCCUCUUGCACGUUUGGCAGCCUUGCGACGUUUUCCAAGAGUAAGGAUGAUAUUCAGCUAUACGAGAUUGGGACAACGUGCUCUGGCAUUUCUGUAGAGAUGCAGGAGUACGUUAAAAAAUGGCUUACCUCAAGUAUGGAUAAACUUCGGGUGGAGUGGAAGCUGGCCCGUCAGACAAAGCUGGAGCAGUGCGUAACCCUUUUGCUGAAGCAGCAGAGAAAGAGGGCCAGAGAGGUGUGA